CACACGCUGGUCACGAGGUCAGCUAUUGACACUUCCUGGUGGGAUCCGAGUGAGGCGACGGGGUAGGGGCUGGCGCUCAGGCGGCGACCAUGGCGUAUCACGGCCUCACUGUGCCUCUCAUUGUGAUGAGCGUGUUCUGGGGCUUCGUCGGCUUCUUGGUACCUUGGUUCAUCCCUAAGGGUCCUAACCGGGGGGUUAUCAUUACCAUGUUGGUGACCUGUUCAGUUUGCUGCUAUCUCUUUUGGCUGAUUGCAAUUCUGGCCCAACUCAACCCUCUCUUUGGACCACAAUUGAAAAAUGAAACCAUCUGGUAUCUGAAGUAUCAUUGGCCUUAAGGAAGAAGCCAUGCUCUACAGUGCUCAGUCUUUGAGGUCGCGAGAAGAGAAUGCCUUCUAGAUGCAAAAUCACCUCCAAACCAGACCACCUUUCUUGACUUGCCUGUUUUGGCCAUCAGCUGCCUUAAAUGUUAACAGCACAUUUGAAUGCCUUAUUCUACAAUGCAGUAUGUUUUCCUUUGCCUUUUUUGAAAACUUCAGUGAAUUACGUGCCUACAUAACCUGAACUGUGCUGACUCCACAAAACGAUUAUGUACUCUUCUGAGAUAGAAGAUGCUAUUCUUCUGAGAGAUACGUUACUCUCUCCUUGGAAUCUGUGGAUUUGAAGAUGGCUUCUGCCUUCUCACGUGGGAAUCAGUGGUUUAGAAACUGCUGCAAGACAAACAAGACUCUAGUGAGGUGGUCAGUAGGAGAGCAUGUUCAGAGGGAAGAGCCAUCUCAACAGAAUCGCACCAAACUAUACUUUCAGGAUGAAUUUCUUAUUUCUGCCAUCUUUUGGAAUAAAUGUUUUUCUCCUUUCUAUGGAAAUC